UUGCUCCUAUUCUUAUUGACUCUACAUUAAUUGGUCCUCAGCACACUGCCUUAAUUGCUCGAUGGAUCGAUAAUGAGUCUGUUAUAAAACAAGGCGUGCAAUAUAAUUUCUUGCUUCUUUUCAGAGCAAGUCGCGACGGAUAUUCCGUAAACGCGUUAAAACAGAGAUGCGCCGAUAAAGGACCCGUAAUACUUGUUCUAAAACUUCAUGAUUCCGGGAAAUUGAUUGGAGGAUAUAAUUCUAUUGGCUGGAAGACUGAAAAGAUUGGACCUGGGAAAGGAGAUGGAAGAUCUCCCGAUGGCGCUAAAAUAGCACGAAUGACAUCUGAUGCUGCGUCUGACAAAGAUAUUGAUGAUUUAGCAUGGAAUGGUCCACGCUUUGGUAAAGGCCCGGAUCUGUGGGUCUGCAUGAAUAGUGAUCAAAGCGGCGAGGCUCGUAAA